AUAGUUAUCGAAAGGUUAAAGUUGAUUUGAAAUUACUUAAAUUAUAUCAGCCAGUUAAAUUAGCGGGACAAAUCUUGUUGUUUAUCAAUUAUUAUCAUCGAUUGGUUUGAGAAGAACAAUCGCGUAUGUUGUGUUUACAUAUCACAUUUCCGUUCAGUUGUCUUGUUAAAUCAACAGAAUAAAGUUGACUAGAAUGUCGGCAAAAAUGCUAGGGCGCGCAGUUGGCAGUCGGGCGCUGUCAGGCACAGUGCUACGUUCAGAGCUGUUUGAUAUUACCGUAUCAUUACCUAGGCCCACGUUUACAAAUCAACGAACCAUGGCUAGUAAAGCUAUUACUAUGGAAAACAUCAAUCCCAACAUUGUAAAGUUGGAAUAUGCCGUGCGUGGACCCCUUGUUAUACGCGCCGCUGAAAUCGAAAAGGAGUUGCAAAAGGGUGCGAGCAAACCGUUUAAAAAGGUGAUCCGUGCGAACAUCGGCGAUGCACACGCGAUGCAGCAAGUUCCUAUCACAUUCAUCAGACAGGUGUUGGCGUGCGUUGCGUAUCCUGAUCUGAUCGAGAAAGGAGAUUUCCCUGAAGAUGUCAAGGAGCGAGCCAAAUUGUUAUUGGGCGCUAUGGGUGGCAAGUCGGCGGGCUCGUAUACCAUGUCGCACGGUAUCGAGAUCAUUCGUCGCCACGUGGCCGAGUACAUCGAGCGGCGGGACGGCCACAAGUCAGACUGGACCAACGUGUGUCUCACGGGCGGCGCUUCCAACGGCAUCAAGAACUGUCUGCAGCUCCUCAUCAACGAAAUCGAUGGGAAACCAUCUGGUGUGAUGAUCCCGAUACCGCAGUACCCGCUAUACUCCGCGUCCCUCGCCGAGUACGGUCUGGAACAGGUCGGGUACUACCUAGACGAGGACAACGGCUGGGGGCUGGACACCAAUGAGCUGGAGCGUGCGCUCAAGGAAGCGUCGACAACUGUCAAAGUGCGGGCUAUUGUCGUCAUCAACCCUGGGAACCCCACGGGACAGGUGCUAACUCGCCAGAACAUCGAGGAAAUUGUGAAGUUCGCCAACAAACAUAAUCUGUUCGUGUUCGCUGACGAGGUGUACCAGGACAACGUCUACGAUCCCAACAGCAAGUUCUUCUCCUUCAAGAAGGUGAUGGCCGAUAUGGGUGAACCAUACAGUAAGAGGGAAUUGGCGUCUUUCAUGUCUGUCAGUAAGGGGUAUAUGGGCGAGUGCGGUCUUCGCGGAGGAUGGAUGGAGGUGGUAAACUUCGACCCUCGAGUGCAGGCUAAUCUGUACAAAGCGAUAUCAGCCAUGCUGUGUCCGAGCUCGCUGGGACAAGUUGCCGUCGAUUGUGUUGCUAAGCCGCCGGCGCAAGGAGAGCCGUCGUACGAGCUGUGGGCCAGAGAGAAGGAGGCAGUGCUGUCGUCUCUCAACAAGCGAGCCAAGAUGAUAGCCGACACCUUCAACCAGAUGAAGGGCUUCAAGUGUAACCCAGUGCAGGGAGCGAUGUACGCGUUCCCCUCCAUCGCCCUGGGCAAGGGCGCGGUGGAAGCUGCCAAGAAAGAAGGCAAGGCCCCCGACGUCUACUACGCGUUCAAACUGCUGGAAGAAACAGGUAUCUGCGUAGUGCCGGGAAGCGGGUUCGGGCAGCGCCCCAACACUUACCACUUCCGAACCACCAUCUUGCCGCAGCCCGACUUGCUCCAAGAGAUGUUGGAUAUCUUCAAGCAGUUUCACGAGAAGUUCACCAAGGAACACUCGUAGGCGCUACUAAUCACAUGAGACGUUUUAUUUCGCACGUGGCUGGCAACAUUUCACAAGUUAUUUUUUUUUCGUGUAUACAUUGUUUUAUUUCAACGUUCCAAAUUGUUUUAUAUACAUAGUGAUUUUUAUUUGCGACGACAAUUAUUAUUGCUAACAGUUAUUUCUAUUGGAAAUAAAAUAUAUCGCGCCUAAAACGUAAAAUAAGCAACUGCUUUUUUUUUUAAAUCAGUUGUUUUCUAUCUGAGAAACCUCUAAAUUAUGCUUAGAUGAAAAUAAUUACGAAUUCAAUUUAUUUUAAAUUAAAUUUAAUCUAUACUGUUUUAUGUUUUUUUUUAUUUAAUUUUUGAACGGGAUGCAAGUCAGUAGGCUACUGUUUAUUGUUUUCCGUGGUAUUUCACCAGCAUAUAGUAUAAAAAUUUUGUACUUGUAUAUUAUUAUAUGUUAUAUAAUAUAUUUUAGUGUUGAUAUUAUCCCCAUACCGAUAUUAUGAUAAAUAUGCUAUUGGAAAGACUUCGAAAAUAUAUAUAAUAUAUUUACAUUAAGUGUGUAAUAUGUAUGUAUUGACAGAUUAUAUCGUGGUUCGAUUAUUGUUCCAUUAAUUACGAUUAAAUUCUCUGCGUGAUACUUUAAUAAUUGUAUAAAAUUAAGCGUUAUAAGUUUAGAUUGGAAUUAUUAAAUAAUUUGGUUUUAUUGAAUUGGCCUGUUAGCUCUUAACAAUCAUUGUUAAACGUUACACUCCCGAUACGUGAGUCACUCUUAUUGUGCGUGAUUCAGCACGCUCACAUUCGCAGCUGUCAGUCUAUCUAGAACAUAAACUUAGUAUACUACCGUCAUAGACGAACCCGGUGUGAAAGUGAGAUAACUAUCCUAACAUAAAAUUCUAGGAGUGAGAAAGAGACAGAAUAGAGGAAGACCAUGAAACCAUAUUGAAAAAAUUUAGUGUCCAUUAGUCUCCUAUCAAAUUCGACCGCGUUUUAAUUUUAGUG